ACCCUCAAUUGUGACUUUGUGAGCUAUAUACAUAGACAUAACGAGAUGGAACCUCGCAAUAGUUGAUGAGCAAAUAAAUUAACUCAAUCGAUCACCGGAUAAAAAAAUGGCUUUUUGGAAGAAUCAUCUCUUAAUAUGUUGUAUUCUCCUAGCUAUGGUAAUGAUCGGGCAUGCUCAAACCAAUCGGAAACUUCUUGACGAUAAUGUAUCAUCCUCUUAUUUUCCAUCGAUGGAAUCUCGUCAAGCUUUUCUUCCUUCUUCUCAUCGUUCACUUGGUGCUGAGCAUUAUGAGAGAUCACCACCUCCACCACCACCAAAAAAGUCAUCAGAAGUUGAACCCCAAACUAAUGGUGUCUAGACCAUUGAGUUAUGAUGAGCAUUGGUCGUGAAAAAGGCUCGUAAGUUGGUGCAAUGUUUGGAAAGAGCACAUAAUUUUGGUUUUGUGUUUUAUGUUUUUAUAAGAGUUACGUAAUUUUUCAAGCCUUGAUUUGAUUUGGUUUUAUUUGCUUUCUAAAAUAAAAUCUCUGGAAAAAUAUAUUUAUAUCUUCUUUAUUUUUAUUUGUAUCCUUGUAUUACUUACCUUCAUUCUUGGUGACAAUAAAUUUGAU